AUAGUUUUAUAGUAUGCUUUUUAUUUGUAGACUGGGACAUGACAAGCACAAGCAUUUUAAAAUGCUUUCCUCCAGCACCUGGAAAGGGGCAGAUAACUGUGUUUGAACAGAUAGGGGAAUUAAGUUCUGUACCACAAGAUCAGGCAAAAUUAAAGUUUCAGGGGUAUCCUGACGUAGCCAUUAACAAAGACAAUACUCGCAGCCUAACACAGCGUGAGAACGCAAAAUCAGCAUUCUUACCCCAUGAUGAGACAGUGUCUAAAAGAGUAUACCAUGCCUGGCAGGAUAUGGGGGUAUCUGGGGCACUGGAGGAAAUCGUGAAUGAUGCAGAGCAAGUUCCAAAUUGGAUUUCUGCGAUUGCCCAAAAAUUGCUUGUUCUGUCACGCUGGACCGGUUCCCUACAUGGGUCAUUUUUCCCACAUUUAGCUUUAUCAAAUGAAGACAUAGUUUCAAGGUUUUCAAGCGUAGUUCAUUGGACUGUUAGCCCAAUCAAAGCAUUUGCAUGGCAUCCACACACACUGAAAUUCUCUUACACCUUAAAAGAUGAUACUGUGAGAGUACAUGCAAACUUUACAGAGCUGGCUUCCAGUCUGAAACACACAGAGCUGGUUCCCAUAUUGGAACAUAAACUACAGAAGAAUGUUUCUUGUUUGGCUUGGCAACCGAAUUCAUCAUCAGUACUAGCAGUUGGCUGUCAAUCUUGUAUACUGAUAUGGCAUGUAGAACCAACAUCACUAGCUACAAGACCAUCAUCAAGCUCAGUACAAGUUCUACAGGAGAGUGGACAUUGUCCAAUAACAAGUCUGUCGUGGAGUCCUGAUGGCCGUAUUUUAAUGUCAUCAUCCCCAGUGGAUACAGCAAUGAUGGCAUGGGAUGUUGCCUUGGAAACUUGUACACCACUAUGUAGAUUUGGUGGAGGGGGUGUGUCACUCGUUGCUUGGUCUCCAGAUGGCAGUAAACUCUUCUCAGCCACACUUUCUAAUCUGUUCAGAGUAUGGGAAACAAGAACAUGGAGUUGUGAGAAAUGGUCAACUUCAACAGGACCUUGCAAGACAGCCUGUUGGAGCCCUAAAGGAAAUAUUUUGUUGUUUGCAACAGAAAAUCAACCAGUUAUAUACUCACUUACAUUCUCUGAAGUAUCAGAUGAAACAAAGCCUGUGAUUGGUGGAUCUCAAACAGCAAUGGCUUGUGCUGACCUAUCAGAGACAGACUUACAAACAGCAGAUUCAUCAAAUGUGAAGGUUGGUGGACUUAUUCAACAUAUGGCUUGGGAUUCAAAAGGAGAACGUCUGGCAGUAAUAUUUCAAGGUAACUGUGAGUAUGUAGCUGUGUUCAGAACAAAAUUGUUUCCUGUCCUGGAAAUUACUUCUUGUGGUUUUGUGAAAGGAUUUGACGGUGAGAAGGCAGAGUUUAUUGAGUUUCAGCCAAAUUAUAGUAAAGGUGCAAUGUUAACUGUGAUCUGGUCAAGUGGCAGAGUGGGAUAUGUUCCCAUGUAUUUUGUUUCAUCAUCAUCAACUACAACAGUAUCAUCUCUAGAGGAAGAGUUUAAAUAUCAGCAACAUCAACAUACAUUCUCUAAUGGGUUAUAUUCUACUACAGACUAAAAUCAUAGAUUUAUCUGUUUGCCUAGUAAUGUGUAUGGCUUGACUUAAGAAAAGUUAUUUGUAAGACUUGACUAAAGAAAAGUUAUUUGUAAGACUUGACUAAAGAUGACUUGACUAAAGAGAAGUAAUGUAUGGUACUUGUCUAAGAAAAUUUAUUUAUUUGAUUUGACUAACAAAAAAUAUUGGUAUUGUUUGGAUAAGAGAAGAAAUUUGUAUGACACUUGGCUUAUAGUUUAGGAAGUCAUAAGGUAACUUUUAUCAGUAAACUUUUAUGUGAGAAAUGAAUUUUUAUUGUAAAUGUUAACCUGUAAAAUAUGUUGUUUUUUUCAAAGUUUGACAGAGUUCUGUAUAUAUGUUUACAUUAUAGAUAACUAAUUUUGAUAUAAUUAUGAUUUCAAAUUUGUUCUAAACAAGUAUUAUUAAUAUCUUUCAAGACACAUUAAAGCAUAAAAAUUUGUUAUGAUGAUAUUCUAUAUAACUAGAAACGUGUAGUUAAUGAUGAAAUAUUGAAACAGUUUAUAAAAAUAUAUGUAAGUUUCAUACAGAUGUGUGGACUUCAUAAAUUGUUAAAUUUGCAAAUGAUGAUCAGUUUUGUGUCCAAGUGUGCUACAGGUUAUCAUGACCGACAUAUAAAACACAAACUCAUUUGACUUAAUAACCACCGUUUUAAAUGUAAGCCAGUUAAUUGACAUUUCUUAUCAAUUGCAACAUAUUAAAGUUAAAUUGUAAAUGAAUAAAUGUACUGUACUUUAUUGUCAUCCAGGAGAUCAUUUUCACAUACGGUAAUAUUUGUAAAUAAAAAAUCUAAAUCUUGUUA